AUGGCUACUAUCACUGCUGUUAAAGCUAGACAGAUCUUCGACAGCCGAGGUAACCCCACCGUCGAGGUUGAUGUCCACACAUCCACUGGCGUUAAGGUGACAGCUUCCAUUCCUAGCGGAGCUUCCACUGGAAUCUAUGAGGCAGUUGAGCUAAGGGAUGGAGGAUCCGACUACCUUGGGAAAGGUGUCUCAAAGGCUGUUAGAAACGUUAACUCAAUCAUUGGCCCAGCCUUGAUUGGCAAGGACCCAACUCAGCAGACUGCUAUUGACAACUUCAUGGUUCACCAACUUGAUGGGACUCAGAAUGAAUGGGGCUGGUGCAAACAAGAGCUUGGAGCCAAUGCUAUUGGUUCUGUGUCUCUUGCUGUUUGCAAAGCCGGUGCUGUUGUCAGUGGAAUCCCUCUCUACAAGCACAUUGCUAAUCUUGCUGGUAACCCCAAGGUAGUGCUACCAGUUCCCGCUUUCAAUGUCAUCAACGGUGGAUCCCAUGCAGGAAACAAGCUUGCAAUGCAGGAGUUCAUGAUUCUCCCUAUUGGAGCAUCAUCUUUUAAGGAAGCCAUGAAAAUGGGCGUGGAAGUCUACCACACCUUGAAGUCUGUGAUUAAGAAGAAGUACGGUCAGGAUGCAACCAACGUUGGUGACGAAGGUGGCUUUGCACCAAACAUUCAAGAGAACAAGGAAGGUCUCGAACUUCUCAAGACUGCCAUCGAUAAGGCCGGAUACACUGGCAAGGUUGUCAUUGGAAUGGAUGUGGCUGCAUCCGAGUUCUACACAUCAGACAAUACCUACGACUUGAACUUCAAAGAAGAGAACAACGAUGGCUCGCUAAAGAUUUCUGGAGAUGCUCUCAAGGACCUGUACAAGUCAUUCCUUGCAGAGUAUCCAAUUGUAUCCAUUGAAGACCCAUUUGACGAAGACGACUGGGAGCACUAUGCCAAGAUAACCCGCGAGGUGGGCGAGAAGUAUCAGAUUGUAGGUGAUGAUCUGUUGGUCACCAACCCCAAGAGAGUUGAGAAGGCAAUCAAAGAAAAGUCAUGCAAUGCUCUUCUUUUAAAGGUUAACCAAAUAGGAUCUGUAACGGAGAGUAUUGAGGCGGUUAAGAUGGCCAAGAGAGCUGGUUGGGGAGUGAUGGCCAGCCACCGUAGUGGAGAGACCGAGGACACCUUCCUUGCUGACUUAUCUGUUGGUUUGUCAACCGGGCAAAUCAAGACCGGAGCUCCAUGCAGAUCAGAGCGUCUUGCCAAAUACAAUCAGCUAUUGAGAAUUGAGGAGGAGCUUGGAGCCGAGGCAGUGUAUGCAGGAGUCAAUUUCCGCAAGCCUGCGAAGCCAUACUAA